AUGCAUCCCCGAAAUCCAUAUCGAACGCCCCCUGACUUCGUCUCUCUCGCUGAAUCCUAUUCGCCCCUCCGAGAACACUUGAUUGAAUCGGCGGGUGGCGGUGUUACUAUCAACUAUAAGGAUGAAGCAGCGCAGAGGAGGCUGACGGAAGCGUUAAUGCAUCGCGAUUUUGGCUUAUCUCUCCGCAUUCCUGAGGAUCGGCUGUGUCCACCAGUGCCUAACAGACUCAACUAUGUUCUUUGGAUCCAAGAUAUCCUAUGCGCGACCUCUGAUAACUCAGAUGAUCCUGUCCGCGGAAUCGACAUAGGUACCGGUGCCUCAGCCAUUUAUGUACUCCUCGCAUGUAGCCUGUCUCCGAGCUGGCAACUCAUUGGCACCGAUGUCGAUGAUAUCUCUCUUCGAUGCGCACUUGAGAACGUGCAGCGCAACGGGCUUUCCGACCGCACCCACAUCAUGCGAGCCUCGCCAGACGGACCAACGCUUGUCCCACUCGCGAUGGACUCCACAAAAUCGUUCGACUUCGUGAUGUGUAACCCUCCCUUCUACAGCAGUGCUGCAGACGUUGCGCGCUCCGCGGACACUAAAACGCUCGGGCCUAAUGCGGUGUGUACGGGCGCUGAUGUUGAGAUGAUCACGGAAGGGGGCGAGUCUGCCUUCGUGUGCAAGAUGGUCCGGGAGAGUGUAGAAUUCAGGGAGCGCUGUCGAUGGUACACCUCGAUGCUUGGAAAGCUGUCCUCCCUGACUGAGGUCGUCGCGCUCCUCCGGUCCCGCUCCAUCGACAACUACGCAAUCACCGAGUUCGUCCAAGGCCAGACGCGGCGCUGGGCCAUCGGAUGGUCCUUCUCCGACGCCCGCCUCCCAGACGCCCUCGCCCGGAUCCCGAAUCCCACGCUCCAGAGUUUGAUGCCCCCGCGCACGACGCUCCGCCAGCACCUCCCACGCACGCCGCAGCUCGACCUCCUCCGCGCGACGCUCGCGAGCAUCCCGCACCUGCGCGCGACGCCCGUCCCCGACGCGCCGCCUCCAACGUUCCUCGUCUCCGCGCCCGCAAACACGUGGUCGCGCGCGGCGCGGCGGAAGCGUCCGAGCGCCACGCCCGAGGCGCCGAUGGACGUCGAGGCGGCGGGGGCGGCGGGGGCAGCGGAAGCGAAGAGGGAGUCGGCUGGCGGGGAGCGCGCGCCGUUUAUGGUGUGUCGCGCGUGCGUCGCGCAGGACGACGAGGGAGCCGCUGUGUCGUUCGUGUGGGUGCGCGGGCGGGACAGGGCGGCGUUCGAGGGGUUCGCGAGUCACGUCGGGAGGAAGAUGCGGGAUGCCACGAUGGCCAGAUAGAUUAUGUUCAUUCAUUAGCUCGGGCUUCUUUUACUUCCUUUUUUUCUUUACUUUCAUUUUAGCGACGUGCUGCGACGUGCUGCGACUAUGGUUUGAGACGGCGAAGAUACCAGACGAGUGUCGUGCUGCAUCUUCUGUAUGUACUCCAUCAUACGGCGCUCCGGGCACGGCCUUUUUGUUAAUAUCUGUGCUGGUACAUCU